AUGCCUCAGGACAUGCCGCCCGUGGGCGGCUACGAAGCCGUACAAUAUAAGCGCAACCUCCCCUCCCGCGGCUUCAGCCCGGCUGCCCUUCUCAUCGGUGCCGGCGCCGUCAUGGCGUACGGAUGGUACAAGCUCGCGGUUGGAAUUAGGGAACAGAAUGAGCUCGGCCGCGAGAAGAUGUGGUCGCGCAUCCACCUGAUCCCGCUUCUGCAGGCCGAGGAGGACCGCGAUCAGGUGCGACGACACCUGGCCGACCAGGCGCGCGAGAAGGAGUUGAUGGGCGGCGAGAACUUCAAGGUGUACAACUCCGAACGGUUCGUGCGGCCGACGUUUGCGGUUACGCCCAAGGAUGUGACGAAAUAG